AUGGAGAACAUGGCUAGGUUGUUCAGCCUGCCUUGUGAUAUGGUGGAGCCCGUCCUGACUGCUCUGCGUCAGCCUGGGAGGAAGGAAGGAAGUGCCCAAAUAAGCAGGAGGGGCGGCACGGCCCAGCUUGAACACCUUUCUUUGUCAAAGUCACAGGCACAAAGCCGCCAUGAAGACCAUCAGGGUUUUUAUCCUCCUCCUGCUUGCGUCGGUGCAUAUUUUUACACCAGCACUGACAAAGUCCGAGGCUCCCACACAAGCGCCGACGAGCCGGGCACCGGCCACGGUAGCGCCUCUGGCCCAAACCACUAUAAGACCUGUGAAAACUGUCCCGGCGAAGGCGGUGACGACUCCCGCGCCGACGCGGUUCCACGUGACGUCCAUCUCGUCGGCAGCAGGGACAGACGAGAAAAGUCGAUCAUCGACAGAAACUGUACCAAGAAACAGUACUCAGCCCAGCGGCGCCAGCUCGCAGACGAUUGCCGUGAACGAACAGACUCAUGCGCGUCUUUCCAGAGCCGCCCAGAAAGCACCAAAGACGGCGUCAUGCUUCUCGGCGUCAAGUCGUCAGGUGGCGAGGAGAACGGUGAGCCGCCUUCGCCGUGCGUGGCGUACUUCCUCUCUUUUGGCGAGGCGGGAAGUCACGGGCUUUUAAUAUCUUAUUGUGGGCCGCGGAAGGAGAACUGGAAAGCAUGCGUGUGCCUGGUGGUGGGUCAGGGUCCGAAAGACGAAGAGCUGAUCCGGUUCCUUGCCCGGGCUGUCCAGCUACCACAACGCAAGCUUUUCACUUCGCUCACCAGGGAGGAGACCGAAGCCAAAAUUCGCGAAUACGGUAAUCCCAAGGUGAAAAAGCGUGACGCUUUUCCUCAGUACUACGAGGUGACCGAGCCCGCCAGGGAGCUGCUCGAGGCCCGAGAAGAGAUCCCGGCUGAGCUCAUGGGCCCAAUAGUCAAAUUUAUGCUCCUGCAGAUUAAGGAAGCCGACCAGCAACGGAGAAAAGCUGAGCACGUAAGAGAUAAGACAGUCGAAGAGCCACCUCCUAAACCCAAAACGAAGCUUAAACGGAGGGAUGAUGUCGAGCCACCCAAGUACAUAAACGACGAGCCGAAGGACGGCCCUCAACACUACGUCCUAAUCCUGGGUUUUCACCAGCCUCAGCUAGUGGGCACGCUGGAUGCUGCCGGCGUGCACGUUGCCAAUGUCAUCAGAUUGAGCGCCACGCAUACGCCUGUUGAGGAGCCCAGUGAGUCAGAUGAGGAAAUCUCAGAGCCCAGCGCGGAUGAAAUUGCCGUUAGAGAGGCGAUGGCUGCGCAGGCAAAGCUGCUAGAUCACUUCUGGGCAGGUCUCAGACAAGUUCUAGACAACGGCGGGGUCAACUCAAGACUUCACGACGUGGCCCACCUAGAAUACGCCGUCCCAGAUUCACUGAUUCCCUAUGAUCCUCAGGAUUAUGAGUCUGUGAUGGCGGUGGGGAGCAAAAUUUUCGAGGACGUGGCUAAUCUCAUCUACGACUGUCUGGACUGGCGCAGGCAGCACCAGCAUUAUUUGGACAGCGUCAACUUCGUUCGUGUGCCCGCUGUGCUCUCGGGGCAGGACAUUAUACAACCUGCUGAGACUGUAACUGCCGUGUCCCCGCGCUCUAAGAAGCCAGGCCGCCCACCCGCUCCAAAGAAGGUGCCGUCGUCUAGCCCGUCUCUCACCACUGACGUGGACAUGAAUCACUACAACGGCCUUUUGGAGAACGUCCCGGCCGAGGCCUGCUCCGUGCCGCUCAUCUUGCACUGCAUGCUGGAGCAGGUCGUGUUCACGAGCGAACAGCCGCAAGCGCCAGACGACUCGGACGCUCAGACUGCUCCCAUUUUGGAUCAUCACGUGGUUGCGCAAAUGCUGCGAGGGGUCCUGCCUCAGGUGGAUGGAGAAGAAGAGAAGAGAGACCUUCUGCAGAGUUUGUUGACGACACUACAGAAUGAAGACAACAAAGAGAUGCUUAAGGAGCAGUUUGACGCAGAGGACAUGCCAAUCGAACAUCCGUCCAUCAUCAGACACCACGACGAAAGGGCGCUGCGGUUUAUUGGCUUAACUAUUCCAGGCUUGGAUCCAGCCCAGGAAGAGGCUUCCAUGAUGAUGCGCUCGCCCGCUUGGAAACUCAUCAACUCAGUAGCUCGGCGGCGUUCCAACACCUUGUGCUGGAUGGCCAUCAAGCAGCAGCUUCAGCGCCAAUGCACCGAUGACGAGGUGUCAUGGCCGCAGGUGGAACGCUUCUUACACCAGAGCGUGUUUGAGAGCAUGCAGCUGACCGGAUUGAAUGAAGACGGCGUUCUGGGAAAAGAUUCUAGGCUGUUGGGCAUGGUGCAACACACAAAAAAACACCCCGUCAACCCCUGGGACAACCCAUUGUCUUUCGCCAAGCAGAAGCUACGUAUCCUGCGCAAGAAAUGGCGGACGUUUUUAGAUGACGGCUCUCGCUCUACCAAGAAAAGCGGCAAUCACCAUGCAAUUGAGCUCGACUUGUCUGACAUUCAGAAUUGCCGACGUAGGUCGCUUUCAGACUGGUGCUAUGUUGAACACUAUGAAGCUUCUGUCUUUGCUCAGGUCCUCCAAUCAGCUUUUCAGCAAUAUCGCUGCCUAGACACACUCAGAGGCAGUCAUAAUAACGUGAUGUACAUUUUCUGCCACAAUCCCAUGAGUUCCCAACGUUCUUGCAAGGAAUUCUGGAAUGUAGCUAUUCACACGGAUGUCAAGUUUAGGAGGUAUUUGGAGCACGUAGCAGGCACCAUUACAGAUUGGAUCGAGAAAGAGGAGAUGAAGAGAGAGUUGUUGGAAAAAGCCAAUACAAAUCCUCCAUCGCAAUGUACGGAUCGUCUAAAAGAACAGGAAGAGCCAUACAUCACAAAAACCUCACUAAAAGCUAUCAAGCUGGAAGAGGAGCGGUUGAAGGACGAAGAAUCCAAGAAAGGGAAGAAGGGAGGAAAAGAACCGGCCAAGAAGCCGGCGAAGUCACAGCCCCAGGCGCCACCGCCACCACCGCCGCCGACGGAGGACGUGAAAGUGCCAGAGGCCAAAAAAACCAAAUCUAACACCGCAGAAGGGAAGAGUAAACGUACGUCCACAGAUUCCACCACCUCUGACCAGACGCUUUCCAGUACAGAAGACGACGAAGAUGAGGGAUUCACAGGCUUCCAUAUGGAUGGAAUGUUGGUCCAUCUAUCAGGGUGUCUCCACUACCUCUUCACAGCAUCUGGCGGGCACAUUACCAUAGAGACCAUCAGCUUCGUUGAACGUUCCAGCAUGUUGAAGGUGGCUGUGAGAAAGGAUGCUCAUCACUUCUACACACACAUCAAUACAGCGAGAAAUGAAGUUAAAGCUAAUAGUGACAGCACUCCAAAAAAGCCUCCUGAGAUAUCAACGUGCAAGCGGUCCUUCUCGGCCUUGCUGGAUAACGGCGUCCGGCUGUCGUACACUUAUAAAAGACCGCCAGAAAUCUGCAAAGCUACUGUGGUCGCGAGUCCAGAGGAAACGGAGAAAGCACCGCAAGAGUUGGCAAAGGAAGUGGACGCAGAACAGACAGACGACCUGAAAAACGACGCCGAGCCUGCAGAGGAGCAGCGGUGUGAAAGCCCUUUGCCCCUGGGUCCACUCAACAGCCUCAAUCUUUCUCUACCGAAUGGCUUGCUUGUGCAGUUCAUGCGUGAAGACGAAGGGCGGGACAUGCUGGUGCGACUGAGCUUUCACGCUGCAGGGCCCCAGGACCCCUCUUUCGCCAAAGAGGCGUCCCGCACCAUCACCAGCCAGGGCACCGUGAUCCGAUACAUGAAGGACGGCUCCAGCGAAGUGCUUUUUGCCGACGGUACGGUCAGUUCCAGUUCAGACUCCGGCCCGGUGUGGGUGGAGGAAAUAGAGGAUGUCGGCACAGAUGAGCAAAAUCCAGAGAAGCAAGUGACGACGCCCCCUCAAGGGUUUUGGACGACGACCACUCCUUGCGGUAUGUGUUUCAGCACAGUCGCUAACACGCACGAACAAAGCCCUGACUGCACGCUGCUCAUCUACAAGACGUCGGACCCGGCCACGCAAGAGGUGAUGCUGAGCCGGGAAGAUCUGGUGGUGAUGGUGCAGAAACCGGAUGGAGGUAUGAGUGUGGAUCAUGCAGACGGGACAAGGAUCACCACGUUUUACCAAGGAAGGCCAUCAAGCACAGCUGAUGACGUCGUCAAUGGCUGCACUGGAGUAGACGGCCAGUCUCCUGAUGAAUCUGCAGCAAUGAACUCCAAAACACACGAAGUUGGGAGCCCGGCUCACAAAGAGAAAGUCCUGUUGGUGGAGAAUGAGGCUUGCGCCACUGUGUCCAUGUACCCCGAACGACACAUGGCUGAAAUCUGCUUGGCGGAUGGAACGAUUAUCACCGGCAACUACGAAGGAGUUUAUCAGGUGAUCCCAGGCAGCGUCGGCUUCCUGAACAUCCAAAGCGAUGGCAAGUGUGUUUACACCAGUGGCCGCCCAAAGGAUGGCGUCCCUGCUUACAUCAUGAGUCACACUGACAAAGUGGUCUGCGACAUAACGGACCUGGAUGGAAACUAUUUUCAGGUGUUGGAAGAUGGCCAGGUGACAGCGCGCGUUCACCCACCUUCAAACACAGUACGCGACGAAGAAGAGGAUGACAGGGAGAAAGAGAUGAUACUGAGAGAGCAUUGUCCCAGGCUGUUCGUAGUGCACGAGGACGGUUCCGGUACGGAGCUACUUAGUAGACACACUGCGGAGGAGCUGUUGUACAAGGCCAACCUGGACCCUAAUGUGGCUCUUUUGAAAGACCCUUUGCCCGACACACGAGGUGAAUAUGGCAUCACCAUCCUGAAACCUAGCAUCGAAAGCGCUCGGUCCAAAUGGGUCCACGCGAAGCUGGACCGUGACUCCAUACCUCCGAACCGCCAUAACAGUAUCGGUCAUCUUUCACCUGGUUCCGAGAAACCUUCCAGUCCUUUAUUCGGGAGCACUUCAGGGCUCAGCCCGCGAAAGUUCACCGUAGCACGUGUAGCCAUACGCAGCUGUCCUAAAAUCUUGGAAAUUAGGGAACUUUACCAGCAUAGCGUCUUGAGCAAAAAGCUCAGAAACAUGGUGGACAUGCGACUGAAGGAAUAUAUUGAAAGUUUGAUGGUCAAGGCGCAGUGGUCCUCCGACGUGAUGCUUAAGGAUCCUCGCAGUGAAGUGGAGCAAGCCCAAGCUGGGGUGCUGCUCAGUCAGUCUCUGACAGAGGAUGUGCAGGAAGCCGGCACUAUUGCAGAAAGGACCACAGGGGACUUUGGCAGUCUGUACAGCCAAUCCGUGCAUACACCAGUUGAACUGUUUGACAAGUUAGAGGAUCCUAAAAUGACAGACAGCAUCCGCUCUGCCCAGGUUAAACAGUCACAGUGGCCAGACAUACUGGAACAGUACAGAAUGGAACUUUGUGAAGUGAAGGCAUGCGUUGAAGCUCUGAGAAAGCGAUUUAUUGUGCCGUUCUUUCACCCGGAAAACAUCUUAUUACACCAGGAAAGUAUUGACCGAUUACGGCAUGAGGACGCCACAACCCUCGGCCCCGACACCUUCUCCUACACCACCACGUGUUCCCGGUUCAUUGCCACCCAGGUUUGUCUGUCCUUACCAGCGCCGAUCAUUCGGACGGAUACCUCCAGGCCUCUAAGUUCGGCCCAGAUGAAUGUCAUCGGGGAGCCCAGGCGGGUGGCAGUCAGACUUCCACCAUCGAUUAUUAGCUCCAAACCCUUCAGUGUGCCCAAUGAUCACUUCCGCUCUGUGGAGGAGCCAGUGCGGCGAAGGUGUCGCACCAUUUCGCUAUGUAACGCAAGUACUAUCAUCAGAGGUUUUGAGCUACGUCCUUCCAGCGUCGACUUCGGCUUGCUGAAGGACGGCACGUCAUCUGCCGUCACCGUGGUCAUGAAGAACAUCGGCGUCGACACCCUCAGGUUCCAUGUGAAACAACCGCCGAUCUCUUCAGGCCUCCGUGUCAAGUACCACCCAGGGCCUGUACCCGCAGGCUUGCAUGUUGAACUAGAUAUCGAGCUGUACGCCAUGUGUGACGCACACGCGGACUACGCGGACCCGGCCAGGUACAUCACCGAGAACAUCGUCAUCCCAACAGAGACCAACAUCAUCUAUUUGCCCGUCAAGGCCAAUAUCCUUCAAAUAUACUCGGCGUAG